AUGGCCAGCCCGUUGACGCUCCAGGAUAUCCUCGACUUGAAGGGGGAAGAUCCGCUGCUAUUUCUGUUGAACGAGCGCAACACUCUCGCGUCGCAGAACAACCAGCUGUGGAAUCUGAUAGACAGGCAGAAGUCGACGAUAAAUAAGCUCAAUGUUGAGUUGGAUACGCUGCCACACGAGCAGCAGCAGCACUCUCAACCCACACACCACCUUGCACUGUCGAAAAAAUCACACUCGCACGACGACGCGAUCAAUCUUCCCAUCAAGCCUGCAAUGCUCUCUGCUAUGGAGAAAGCUCAGCUUUCGCAGCAGCACAAGUCCAAGUCUAGCCCAUACAUGCAACACGCCAGCCACUCAUUUAACACGCUCCCUCAAGCACGCAGUCACUACCAGCAUCUUUCUCCAAAACAGCCCGCCAUCACGCCUUCUGUCAAGACUGCUGCUCCCCCAGUACCUGUCUUCAAGCUCACUCCAACUCUCGUUCCUGCUCUCCAACUUGCCGUGCUGUCUUCAUCAGUGAAACCUAACAAAGACAACAAGAGCGUGUAUAGCUUUACUAUUACCGUCAAGUAUGAGCCAUCGAAUGCUGAGUGGAAAGUCGACAAAUCAUACGAUUCGAUACACGCACUUGAUAUCAAAGUUAGGGAGAUUAUCAAAAAACCUUACUUCAAGCAUACUAAGGGUAGACUGGUGUCCUUGCCUGAUAAAAGCAUUUUCAAGGACAGAUCCCCUAGUAAAGUUUUGCAGCAGAAAACACAGUUAGAAAACUAUUUUCACUCGAUAAUAUCAAUUCCACAUACCUACACUAUCAUUCCCAAGAAUAGCGCUACUCCACAUAUGGAACUAGCUGCCUUCCUCUCUUCAGACUUUGUCAGACCAAACCAAGCAUCCCAAAUCAACGGCACCAAAGAUGGCUACCUCACCAAGAAGGGCAAGAACUUGGGUGGCUGGAAGACGAGGUAUUUUACCAUAGGGAGGGAGGGUAUACUCGAUUACUACGAGCAACGAGGCGGUAGCCAAAUUGGUAGUAUAAGAAUACACGACGCAUCUAUCGGCAGGCAGCAUCCAUCUCGGGCAUCGUCUGAUUCCAGCUCAGCAAAUGAACGAGACAGCGCAUUCAAGCAUGCUUUUCUUAUUCUAGAAAGACACCAGGCCACGCAGAAUGAAAAAGAUAGACAUAUACUAUGUGCUGAGAAUGACUUGGAGAGGGAUAACUGGAUCAACACUCUACUAUGGCAUCAAAGGACACAUAGCAAUGUUGGUGGUGCCUCUUCGCCCGUUUUGCAUGAGAGAACAAAUAUAGCAGAAGAUAGCACUCCGAAUUCUGCCAACAACGGGUUGAAACGUCGGGCGACGUCGUUGAAAACGCGUUCAUUAGAAACACACAAAUUGAAAGAUGUGGAGCGUCCACGCACUUCCGACAGCAAACCCAUAUCGAAAGAGGAAAUCCAGCCGUCGAACUCAGUCAGUCUCACCUCGCUGCCGCCUGAAGUCUCCUCCAAAUUCUCCAUACCGAAGGUACUCGCUGACGCCCGAAAUACUGGGAAAGUCGACGCUCUUGGCAUAUCUCAACAUGGCGAAAGUGCAAAUUUACUCCCACAACGCCAAGGUAGCAUACAUUCCUUGAGUGGGCAGUAUAAGGCUGUCGGCGCUAAGCUCAAUGAAUCGUGCGAAAGCAUAGACAAGUCUGAGAAGCAGCAUGAGCGUGAUCAUAAAGGGAAAAGUCGUGGGUUCUGGGGUGCCUUUAGUGGGAGUAGUAGUGGGAGUUCCAAAGACAAAUCAGCACCAAAGCUGCCUGUUUUCGGUGUACCAGUUGAUGAUUCACUCCAACAAGCCCAGAUCGCUGGCUUGCCUGCUGUGGUGUUUAGGUGCAUUCGAUACCUUCAACACGUUAAAGCUGAAGAGGAGGAGGGCAUAUAUAGGCUGUCAGGUUCGAGUACCCAGGUGAAGGGGCUCAAAGAGCGCUACAAUAGUGAAGGAGAUAUAGACUUGAUUGAAAGUGACGACGUUUUCGAUCCACAUGCUAUCACGGGUUUACUCAAGUUGUACUUUAGAGAGUUGCCAGUUAGUCUUCUGACGAGAGAACUACACUUUCAAUUUUUACAAGUGGCAGACAUACCAGACCCAAAAAAGAGGGUGAGAGAGCUAGGCAGAUUGGUGUCGCUUCUCCCGAUUGCCAAUUACGCACUCCUUAGGGCAUUGGUUUCGCAUCUUACUGAUGUUGUGUCGAGUGAGGAGAUCAACAGAAUGUCACUGAGAAACGUUAGUAUCGUAUUCAGUCCGACUUUGGGUAUACCAGCUCCACUGUUUGGUUUGUUAUUGACUGAGUUUAAGUACGUCUUCAACGUUGGAGAUGGCGGCAAACCAGUGCCUUUGGAGGAUCAGUCUACCGAAGAAGAGGAUAAUGAUAAUGAUAAUGACGACGACAAUGACCAUGUCGAUAACGUGGAUUCGAUAGCAGAAUCACUUGCAGAAUCAUUCGUUUCAACUGCUAAACCAUCAUUCGAAACUACACCGACAGAAAUCAUGGAAGAUGAGACGGUGGAUGUGGUCAUGCCAGCACCUAAGGUCAACACUGAAAGAAAGAGGCCACCAGCACCGCUGAAAAUACCACCACUGAAUGCACCGAUUAGUGCACCACUCAAUCGAACAUUUUCGCCGCCAAUAACGACACCAACGACACCGGCUCGACCAUCGAGACAUAGAAGAAAGAACAGAAACUCAGCGCUGUAUGAGGAUGUAGAUAUUGAUUCAAUAUUAGGGCUACGGCCGAAGAAUAUCCAUGCACAUGAAAUGAAUAAUGACAGGAACAGCAGCAGCAAACAAGAUAACAAAAUGACGUUUGAGGACAGCGAUGUCGAUCCCGCAAUGCCGUCUGAGAGGCUGCCGACGUCGACGCCGACGAAGCCCGGCAUUUUUCAGAAAUGGGAUGAAUUCAGUAUUGAGAAAAUGUUUGCGUCAAAGAAGCGCAAGCCAUUGCCACGGUCCGUGUAUCUCAACAGCCCGCUGCCGCACGAGUCCACGCUGGGGAAAAAGACGUGGACAGAGAAGCUGCUACAUCCGCGAUCAACGCAUCACGUCGGCCCUGGUUGGGUCUACACGACGAAUCAAAUAAUAUCCUCGAAAUACACAAUUCUCACUUUCGUGCCUCGAAACAUCUUGGAGCAAUUUAGGCGUGUGGCCAACCUGUUCUUCCUCGGAAUCGCGAUUCUCCAGUUCUUUCCCAAGUUCUCUACAAUAAACGCCGGUGUCGUUAUCCUCCCGCUUAUCAUCAUCGUCUUCAUUACUGCGUGUAAGGAUGGCUAUGAAGAUAUCAAGAGGCACCAAUCAGAUAGAAAGGUGAACCACUCAAAGGUUAAGGUUCUCAAAGGCAAGUACGGCGAGAGCCGCCAUAGCGAUUACCACUAUCACAACUUCAAUCACAUAGAAGCAAAAUCAAAGACGUUUACAGGUGGUCUUCCAAAGGGCGCUAUGCUUGGUAAACUUAGGCUUAAGAAGAAAUCUAAGAACAGAGACCAUGUUCCUCCCCCAAACCUCCCUGAUGCUGUUACCUCUCUCGACGACGAACUUAAGUUCGAGAGCGAUCAGAUGGGAAGGCACAGCGUAGGCAACCCUCCCGAGUUAAAUGACACCGGCGAAUUCAAUGGUAGGCAGGUCGGUCUCGUUGAUGACCUUGAAAACCCUCGCACGUACACUCCGCCACCGCCUCCGGCGCAGUUGCCCGCAGGCCCCAUCCCUGAAAAUGACGCAGAGGAGGUGGAGGAGGGUGAAGAAGACGAUGGUCAAGAUGAUGCGGGAAAUAGUUGGAGGACUAUGCUAUGGGAAGAUGUUAAAGUUGGUGAUUUUGUCAAGAUUCACAACAACGAGCCAUUUCCAGCAGGUGAGCGCAGGGUGCAAGAAUCUAUUUCCACUUUACUAAUAAGAGUUCUAGACAUUGUCGUAUGCUCGACCUCGGAAGAAGAAGAUGUCUGUUUCGUUGAGACCAAGAACUUGGAUGGUGAAACCAACCUCAAAUCUAGACACGCUAUUCCUCAACUAUCUCACCUCACCAGCCCAGCUGCGAUUGCUAGAGAGUGCCACGGAUACAGAAUCGACAGUGAGCCAGCGGAUGUGAACAUGUUCAGGCUUAAUGCAGCCGUCGUCAAGGAGGACCAACAACCAGUCAAAUGCCCCGUCGAUAUGUCAACUAUGCUGCUUAGAGGUACUGUUCUACGCAACACCAAAUGGGUCAUCGGUGUUGUUCUCUUUACCGGCUCAGACACCAAAAUCAUAGCAAACUCUGGUAUUACUCCGUCAAAGCGUGCCAAGACUGAACGUCUCAUGGAUCCGCAGGUAGGAUUUAACCUGGCGUUGCUUGCGAUUAUUAGCGCAAUUUGCGCCAUCGUCGCCUACACCAUCGAAGUAGACGAUCAGCGGAAUGGAGCGUACUGGACGUACAACGAUGACAGACCAGAUGAUAACCCAUCUACCAAUGGUGUUUUCACCUUCUUUAACGGUCUCAUUACUUUCCAGAACAUUGUGCCAAUCUCGCUUUACAUUUCGAUGGAGUUUGUGCGGACGUGUCAGGCAGGCUGGAUAUAUCUCGAUAAAGAAAUGAGAUAUAAAAAGAACGGUUAUAGGACUGUAGCAAGAUCGUGGAAUCUGUCUGAUGAGCUUGGUCAAAUUCAGUACAUUUUUUCUGACAAAACUGGUACUUUAACUCAAAAUGCCAUGAUCUUUAGACAGUGCUCGAUCGCCGGAAAAGUUUACAAGGCAGAUGAAAAUACAGUCGUUGAAAGCAAAUUGUCUAUAGGACACUCCCCAGACAUUCCAGCAUCGAUAGUCGACAGCGUCACGCCAUUGAAUCAGACUAAGGCGGGAUCAGAAUUCAACUCCUCAGAUGGUCACGAGCCACACGUAAAUAAACACACCACCACUAGGGGGGAGAAUCCCCAAGAAACUGAAGAAGUACCCAAGUUUUUCUCUUCUGUGCUUCAAGAGGAUAUCAGAGGUGGUGUGAAUGAAGAAGCUGAAAAGAAAAGCCAAGAUACAGACGCAUUCCUCACUUGUUUAUCUCUCUGCCAUACAGCAUUAGCUGCUGAAAAGGAAGACGGUACACUUGAAUACAAAGCACAAUCUCCUGAUGAGUCUGCUUUGGUUCAGGGUGCUGCUGAUAUCGGCUACGUAUUCAAGGGUAGAGACAGAAACAUCCUCAAGCUGCAGACUCCAUUCACGGGAGACGGCAUGGAUCACUAUGAGCUUCUCAACGUCCUUGAAUUCUCAUCAGCGAGGAAGAGAAUGAGUGUGGUAAUCAGAAAGCUGUCUCCUAAAAGAGCUCAAAUGAAGAUAGACAUGGCCAACAAUGUUGCCAGGGGUGAACGCAACCCGAAGAUCGCCCUAGAUGACGACGAUGAGGAGGAAAGUGAAAUCAUUCUUCUCACUAAAGGUGCCGAUAACAUAAUUUUCGAGAGGUGUGAGGCGAACGUUCACAAUCAGGGUAUGAAAGAUGCCACUGACAAGGACCUCAGUCUGUUCGCCAGUGAAGGUCUUCGUACACUCUGUCUCGGCUACCGCGUUGUUCCUACAGAAGUCUAUGAAGAGUUCAGUAAGGAAUACAACGACGCAACAGUGUCAUUGGAGGACCGUGAGAACCUCAUCGAAGCUGUAGCCAGCAAGUUUGAGACAAACUUGACUUUGCUCGGUGCGACAGCGAUCGAAGACAAGCUGCAAGAUGGUGUUCCAGAAACUAUCCGUGAUUUAAAGAGAGCAGGUAUUAAGGUCUGGGUAGCAACUGGUGACAAGCUGGAAACAGCGAUAGCUAUUGGCUAUUCCACACAGUUGCUGACAGAUGACAACAAUCUAAUAAUAGUUAGAGGUGGAGAGUACGGCGACCGGAACUCUGCUUAUUCUCAGAUGCGCAGAGCAAUGGAGCAGUUCUUCCCCGGCGAGAAUAUCCCAUCACGUUUGAGGAACCAGCCGCCAGAUAAUCACUAUGAUGGCGGAUCGAAGCGAUCAUCGACUCAAUCACAUGCAAUGUCAGACAUGGAGUCGCUAGUUGGCGCAGACAACGGCCAGCGAGACGGUGGAUAUGCACUGGUCAUCGAUGGCACGGCACUGACGCACGCCCUCUCUGAACCAUGGAGCAAAGAUUUGUUGCUCAAUCUAGCGCUCAAAUGCCAGUCAGUCGUAUGCUGCAGAGUUUCACCGCUACAGAAAGCCCUCGUAGUUCGUCUCAUCAAAGAUAACCUCGAUACUAUGACACUUGCGAUCGGCGACGGCGCUAACGAUGUCUCAAUGAUCCAGGCGGCGCACGUAGGUAUAGGUAUAGCGGGCGAGGAGGGUCUUCAAGCAGUCAACUCGUCCGAUUAUGCUAUCGCUCAAUUCCGCUACCUGAAAAAACUUCUUCUCGUUCAUGGUCAUUGGUAUUACUACCGAAACAGCAACGCCAUCCUUAGCUUCUGGAUUAAGAAUAUUAACGGCGCCGCGGUUCUCUUCUGGUAUCAGUUCUAUUGUGCCUUUUCGACGUCGUACGUUUACGCGUACAUCUAUCUUUUAUUGUGGAACGUGCUGUGGACAAUAUGCCCUCCUAUCGGUCUCGGACUAUUUGAUUCUGUGCUGAGCGACAGAGUUCUCAUGGCUAUUCCUGAGUUGUACAAGUAUGGUAGAACAGCACAGUAUUUCAAUCAUCGGCUUUUCUUCCUUUACGUAUUUGAGGCCAUCGUCCAAUCAACAAUAGUGUUUUUCUUCACAUAUUACGCUUAUCAAUCACCAACUGCUCGCAGCGAUGGGUUUGACGUGUACAUUUACGAAAUGUCGACAACCAUGAUUGUUUCGAUCGUCACAGGAACAAAUCUUUUAAUCAGUUUGAACGCUCGGUCGUGGAAUUGGUGGAUUGCAUUCGGCAUGUUUUUUGGUAUUGUUUUGGUUUGGGCUUUUACUGGAGUCUAUAGCGCUUUGUCACCUCAGCUGGUAUGGACGAACGUAUGGGGUAACGAUUAUUUCGUCUUCCACUCCCCCUUGUUCUGGUUCUGCGUGAUAUUCACAGUCAUUUUCUCGUUGAUACCGAGAUAUCUUUUCAAAGCGUACAAGUUUCAAUUUCACCCAGAUGAUAUUCACAUUAUGCAAUACGUACAAAAGAAGGACGAUAAUCAUGACUUUGAGAACGACCCAUUGAUGCAGUCUCAUUUGCAGAAUGCGUACUACGAAGAUUCGGAGUACCCACCAAACAGACCCUCUUCAGCCAGAUCGGGGCAGAGGAUAGACAUGAGGACGGGAGAGAGAUCAAGCGGACGGAAUGCGACAUUCAACUUUGAUCAAGAAGAGAAUGGAUAUGCAUUGCAAAGAUUGCAAUCCCACCUCAGCGAGACGUCCUCUCAAUUCCACCGCAGACCUUCGACGCACGACGCCCAAGCUCGGAAACGUAAGUUGAAGCGCAAGAGCAAAAACUGGACAUCCCGAACGGUCGACUCAUUCAAAACUGCGAUGCCAACAAUGCGUAAAACCAAAAAUUCUUAA